GUUCAGUGUAACAUAUUAUUAAACAUCCUGUUGACCUGCUGAGAGAUUAAACACCCGGCCUUAGUGCCGUACUGGAGCAGCCUAUGACAGAAUGACGGGCGCUUUACCCUGGCGUAUACUCGUGUGUCUUGCCAUCUUGUCCGCUGCUGUGUACAGCGAAGUGUGUCACGUACAGCCACAUUGUAACUGCUUCAGGCGAAAUGACACAAACAUUACCUGUGACAUAUUUUCCGUUCCUUACAUCCCUUUUCUGGGGUUUUCAGACGUUCGCUUCCACACGUUGAAAAUUCGCGGUGGAAAUCUCCAGUGGAUUGGUGAGGGGACAUUCGGUGGGCUGACUCUCGGCACUCUGGACAUUCAACACACGGGGAUUUCCCACCUAAACUGUGACACCUUCAGCGGAAUAAGUGAUUCCCUGUCUAACAUCUGCCUGAGUAACAACUUGCUCACACGCGUUCCUGACUGUGCUCUGGCUAAGUUUACAUCGUCGGUUUACUUGGACUUGGUGAACAAUAGCAUAUUCUCUCUCGAGACGGAUAACUUCUUGUAUCUCACCAAUCUACAGAGACUAGAGUUGAGAGCUAACAGAAUCUAUAACAUUGACCACGGAGCAUUCCGAGGACUUGGAGAACUGACUACCUUGGAUUUGUCGCACAACAACAUAUCUGUUCUCAACGCUUCGGUGUUUGAUGGCUUAAGAAAGCUGGAAGCUUUGAAGUUAAAUCACAACCAGUUGGUAGAUUUGGGAGAUAAAGUCUUCAGUGACAUCAUGGAACUAAGAAUUUUGAACAUUGAUAACAACAGACUGGCAUUCCUGGAAGACAACCUUCUUGGCGGGUUGAUUAAGUUGGAGAAGUUGUACAUCCGAAACAACAACAUUACACGUAUUUCACACGCAGCAUUUCAGAAUCUCGGUCAGCUGAGAUAUUUAGAUUUGUCAGAAAACAACAUCAAUCGUCUGUUGCCGAAGACAUUUAAAAACCUGGCAAAUCUGUACAGUUUGGAUCUUGAGUGGAACAGCCUAACAGAGAUUGCGGCUGGUAUCUUUACUGGUCUGUCCGCAAUAAGGCGCAUGCACCUCGGCCACAACAAAAUUGUAGGGAUUAACAUGUAUGCGUUUAUACACUGCCCAGAAAUGUUAAAUCUCAAUUUAACUGAUUGUCUUAUCCAAUACAUACCACCAGGCGUGUUUAGGAAUUUACCACUUCUAUCAACAUUAGAUCUGAGUAGCAAUAAGCUUAUGAAACUAGAAGCCGGAGUAUUUUAUAAUCUUUCACGGCUGAACACCUUAUCACUAAGAAAUAAUCAGAUAUCCUUUCUGAGCGAAGUUAUAUUUUACGAAAUUGUACAUUCGUUGUACGAAUUAGACAUUAGACGUAACAGUCUAUCAUAUACUUCCUGGACAUGGUUGGGGACGUUACUGGGUCAUCUCAAAGGUUUAAGGAUUCUUCACUUAUCUGACAAUCCUCUAAAAUAUAUCCCCAUGAAUGUACUGCCAAUCCUGGAAACAAUGAUGGAAGCUAAUUUGAGGAACUGCAGUUUAGAUGAAGUUCCUGGUAAUGUACUGAAUGUCUCUGGGGAUUUCUCCAUGAACCGUAUUGAGGGCCCCGUUACAUUAAGAACUAACCAAGGCUAUAAUCCCAAAUUUAACGUCUCAAACAAUAAUAUUACCGCAUUAAACAUAAAACUCAAGUUGGUUAUUUGGCAUGGACUCAUGAUUGUCAGCGAUAACAGCAAAAUGUGCGACAGUAUGAUAGUAGAAAUAGAUAAUCAGUAUAUAAACUUCAGUUACUAUCCUAGUGUGGUAAUUUCUGCAAGAAACAACUCUUUCAGCGAGCCUAUUCCUUUCCUUUUUCGAGGCGAAUUUCGUCAAGGUUUUGGCGAUUUACACAUUAAUCUCGACUUUUCCGACAACGUGUAUUUAAGCUUAACACAGCUGCCCUUAAAUAUCAAAGUUUUAACUCUUGGUGAAAUAUGGAGUCCUUGUAACACAUCAAGCCAUUUAAGGAUAUAUGUGGAUUCACUCGACAUGUCUGGUAACGCUAUCUCGUACAUUUCCCCAGAAGCCUGUCUCGGGGCUGUUCAGAUUUUAGAUCUGCGGAACAACCAUUUGGAAGUUAUGGAUAAGCUCAUGGAUUCGACUGAUUCUUCAGCUUUUAGACUUAAGUAUCUGGAUUUGUCGGGGAACAGAAUCUAUCAGGCAACUGCUGAGGCGUUCCACGGUCACUACUUGUUUUACACCGUUGACCUACGUGAUAACCAGAUUGUCAGCUUACAGAGCUUUAAACCUAUGCUUACCGAGAGGAAAUAUUACCGGCUAUCUUUAUCGGGGAACCCGUUAGCGUGUGGCUGUGAGAUUGCCUGGUUAAGAAACAACUCUGUUCAUGAGAACUUGGGCUCCAUUCGCUGUCAGGCUCCACAGAACUUUGUUAGGUUUCUGGCCUGGUGUUUUCCGCUGACCGGAUGUCCUGCCAUGUCGUCUGUGUCAGUCACUGAUAAGACGAAAGAGAUUUGUAAAGAUGACUCUCAUAUAGAACUGUCGAAUCUAACUGUGGCUGUUGAGAGAGAUGACGCCAAUGUUACCUGGACGAAAACUGGACCAGGAACGAUGACAGGUGUCACAGUAGAGUACUACUCUGUGGAUAAUGUUGACGUGAAGAGAGCUAUUUUAGUCCACCCAGAGAUGGAAUUUGUUGUUCUCACCGAUCUCCUGGAGGAGAAGGUUUACAACAUAUGUGUUGCCGCCGUUCUGCAUUCUGAGAUUAAAAACCCAGCAGUUUGUGCUAUCGUAAAAACAACCGAUGCUGGAGUAAACAUCAUCAUUUUUCUAGCUACGGCUUUGGGAGUAUGUAUUUUACUCGUUCUUUUCUUAAUGACGUGCGUGUGUUUACAGAAACGUUCGCAUAAAUAUGACCCAGGUACUUCAAAUAAUUAUGCUCAAAAAGUUGCAGCAAAAAGACCUUCAGCUACGUCAACAAACAUGUCAACGUUGUCACGUAACAUGUCUAUCAAGGCAGAAACGAGCGAGGAAACGGUCUGCGCGUAUAUCUGAUGUUCGACUUACCAGGAUCCAAUCGGAUAAAAGAGUAUGCUUUAGAACGGUCACAACCAAAACGUUUAGAAAGUUGACUUAAACCCUAAGAGAUACACAACAAAGCCUGACUUUGAAGUUUUAAUUUAUUUUGAUCUGCCCAUUGCUACAACCGUCUGCCGUAAUGACUCGAGGCGAGGAAAAAUUGAAAAUACUAGCGCUGUUCUAUAGGCUGUGUACAUGCACUUGUACUGUUUUAACAGAAUGGAAAGGGCGUGUUGAAGUAAACAACAUGCACGCCUAUACAGCUAUGUCCUAUGAACAGUGUAUAUUGACGAAAAGCCAUCAGGUCGACUAUAGGGGUUUAUCCAUUGUGGACUACGCAUACUUCUUUUGUAACAUAUCUAGACAGGGCAGGGACGCGCGCCCUGACCCACAUUGAUGUUAUUUGACAACCUGGAUGAUCAUUUCAGCGUGUUACAUGACUUAAGCACGCCGUUUGCGUUGAACAAUUCUUUUCACUGUAAUAAAGAAUGAAUGAUGACGUCAUAACAGGACUACAAUAAUGAAAAGCUUCGCGUGUAAACAUGUGUACAUAUUCACACCUGAGCGGUUUUACCUGGGAAUGUAUGAAAGCUGACAUUGAUUUAUGUAGGCAUCAAGCCGUUUCGGAAUUUAUUCACUAGCUAUACUAUAAAUUGUAUUUUUUAAAAUACGUAUUUACGCUGUACAAUUCUUCUUUUCAUACGACGAAAAAUUUACAUAGAUGUAAAAAAACUGCACAGAGGUUUAAUAGUUGGUGCAUGACUAAAAAAUAAGGAAUUCUCCUCACGAAAGCAAUAUAUGUAGGAUCCGUUAGUGUAUCCUUGCUGAGACCGGCGUCAGGGGGUUGAUUUAGGCUGGGACAGGGCACGGUUUAUCUCAACCAUCUCGCCAUAGAGAAUGAUGGCGGUUUUUAUAACCUUUGUCCCUCCAUUUUAUUGAUUUAAUUAUUAUGGAUUUUGUUUAUGUCCGGGGGAAACCCACGACCACCCGCAUGUUGCUGGCAGACCUUUCCACGUGAGGCUGGAGAGGAAGCUUGCAUGAGCUGAACUUGAGCUCACAGUGACCGGUUUAAGAAUCCUGGGGCAUUGCUCCCUAUUGUGCCGUGCUGGCGUGCUAACUUCCUCGGCUAUGGAGGUCCCCCUGGUUCUAGUAACAAGAUGUACUGAUACGCACUGUCGUUAAAUAUUAACGACCCCUAACUCUCCUCACUUCGGGUACAUGUUUACAAAAGAAUUGGACGCAUGUACAUUUUCUUUUAGCACAUAUGUAUAAUUAGAGAAUAUAUUCAAAAACACUUUGCCAUACUUAUGUUUCUAAUGCAAAUCUUUUGAAUCGCGCAUGGUUUUAAGGUAUGAAUUUAGUAUCUGAGUAUACAAGUGGUAUAUUUAGAUAGCUGAUGUUGACAACUGCACGUGCAUGUAGUGAUUAGACCACAGUGACAGCCUGUCUUACAUACUGUCCGCUUGCUUGGGCAUAUGUGAAAAUAAAGCAUGAU